GCGGAUAUCUGGCAGUUAACUGCGAGCCACAAGAUUAAAGGACGCUGCUGGCGGCGUCGACUUUAAUCAACCGAGAAGCAAACAAGAUGGUGCAAGAAACAAGAUGGCCAAGCCGUGUCAUUUCCCUCCGGGCUGGACCUGCUGAGGUGGACACUGCCACCCUGUCUGAUGUGAGGUCCUCCCUUAGGUCCGCCUACAGGGCCACACGGACCAUCGGCCGCCAGUUGGCAGCGAUAGGAGACCGACUGGACCGAGACUGGGGCAAAAGACUGCCAAACCGGUUGCCAGCUCCUCUCCACAUGCUGAGACCGGUCCAGACGCUGACCAGAACUGUCUUUCGGGAUAUCCAAAGCUUCCUGUGGGGUUUUCAGGGCUUGCCUGCUGCAGCAAAGGCCCAGCUAGCAGCUACCACAGCUGGUCAGGAGCUUUUAAUAGCUGAAGCCUGGGCAGCUUGGAUGUCCAAUAUUCAACCACUGAAGUGCACUGGCUGGACCAGAGGAGUCCUUGUCACGGUGGCACUGGUGGCCACCGUGACCAUUUUCCCUGCAGUAUGGGUGGAGUGAAAUGGUUUAACAGGCCAUAAGCAGGUAUUUUGGCCAUAAAAUAUCAGCAAAAUACAUUGUGCAAAAUUAGUGGAAAUUUUUUUUUCUCAGGCUGUUUACUUUGACUUCUCUUUUAUAUAUAUAUAUAUAUAUAUA